GUCAGAAAGCGGGUGGCUUUACUCCCCGUCAUGAUUCAGUCCGUCAGAGGGCAGUGAGGCCGUCGUGCUGUCGUUGGCCUGGGAGCGCGUUUGUUCCAGGGAGUGGCUGCGCCUGGGACUCGGGCCUGUGCUGGACUAGGUAGCCGGCGCGGGAGGUUUCGGCCGACUGAGUCCGUGGGUGCGGAGGUGGCCUCCUCCCCCGGUUCCGCCUCAGCGCUUCAGGAGUUCCCGCCAGGGCUAAGAGUGUCUUCUGAGGCCGCCCCGCGCCGCUUCUUCACGGCCUUUCCUUACUGUGCCCCGCCGGGGUCCUCGAUUUCUUUCCCGUCCCCGUCCUUGCGUGAGGUCCGGCCAUGUCGGGGCUCCUGGGCAAGCUGUUGGGGACGGCCGGGAAAGGCGGCGGGAAGGGGCCUUCUCCCCAGGAGGCCAUCCAGCGACUUCGCGAUACUGAGGAGAUGCUAAGCAAGAAGCAGGAGUUCCUAGAGAAGAAGAUCGAGCAGGAGCUGGCGGCGGCCCGCAAACACGGCACCAAGAAUAAGCGCGCUGCACUUCAAGCCCUAAAACGAAAGAAGAGGUAUGAAAAACAGCUUGCACAAAUAGAUGGCACCUUAUCCACAAUCGAGUUCCAGAGAGAAGCCCUGGAAAAUGCCAACACGAACACUGAAGUGCUCAAGAAUAUGAGCUUUGCUGCUAAAGCCAUGAAAGCGGCCCAUGACAACAUGGAUAUUGACAAAGUAGAUGAACUAAUGCAGGACAUUGCAGAACAGCAGGAGUUAGCGGAUGAAAUUUCAACAGCUAUCUCCAAGCCUGUAGGAAUUGGUGAAGAGUUUGAUGAGGAUGAAUUGAUGGCUGAACUAGAGGAACUAGAACAGGAAGAACUGGACAAAAACUUGUUGGAGAUCAGUGGUCCUGAGACAGUUCCACUACCCAAUGUGCCCUCAAUAUCUAUACCUUCAAAACCAACUAAGAAGAAAGAAGAAGAAGAGGAUGAUGACAUGAAAGAGCUAGAAGCCUGGGCUGAAAACAUAUAACCAUACAAAGUGUCAGCUGGAGAAAUAGUCAAGACUUUGGUCACCUGUUGCUACGGGUGCAUAUUUGGGUGUGAGACAUCAUUAAGCGCAAUGUCUUUAUUUCUUUAAGCUGAAAGCUGUGGGAAUUGCAUUCUACAUAGCAUGGUUUGAGCAAGGGAAAUGAUAUUUCCAAGGAAAGUUGCCUGUAGUUUAGGAAGUUGAAUUACUUUAAAUAAUAAACCUCAUUGGCAAAAUUCCAACAUUCAGCUUCUGGACUUUGCUAAUGCCACUGCUGGAUCAUCAUUUUUAGAAUUCUGGCCAUUUUGACUCUGACUUGGGAUGUAAAGCCUAUAACUUAAGUUGAUUAUAAAAUUGUUUGGAGUCUUGUACAGCAUUUCAAAAGGAAAAGUCAUAAGCUAUUCUUGGCUUAUUAUGCUUAGGUGUACAAAUACAUUAGCCUUUUAAUUUUGUAUUUUUAUCCAUUGGCAGCAUUGAUAUUUCACUCAUCACUACACUGAACUUGGUUACUGUUCCCAUUUUGAUUGGUGAAGUGGAUCUGGAAUCGUACAGCAAUUUUAUGAUGGAAGUAGAUGAAAUUUACACUCCAGUUCUAGUUGCACAUUUUUCUACAUAGCACUUCGAUGUUGAUUGCUAUUUGUGAUGAACAGUACCCCAUUCAGACACAAACAUCAGGAUCUUUGGUUUGCACUAUAUUAAAUACUUUGAUUUUCA